UCUAUUCGCUGAUCCAAUGGUUAGGCAAUGGAUUUGUUGAAUGCAUUGCAUCUCUCAAUACAUUCUGUGUGAGACUCUGUACUGAAUGAAUGGAUUGACUGCAAGUGUCUUAACAUUGAAUCACUCGUAGAGUAUAUAAUGGUUUGGCAUCUCUUGAGUCCAGCCAUCGAGUGAUCAGUUAAUGUGAAGUCAAACUCAAAGCCUUUCAUUUCAUUCAAUACCCGAUUCGCAGUGUUUUUGUCCAAACGGUUAAUACAAGUGAAUUGAGUGACACUUUCAACGCAUUCUUACAUAAUAUUCAGAUAAGUCGAAAUUAGGUGAAGGAAUGGCGCCUAACAUUCAAUCCCCGAUUGAACCAGAAAUUAGUGAUAUUAGUGAUGGCAUCAAAACGAGACGCGACUUCAAAGUGGAGAUCGUGUGGCGAAACGUUGCCAUCAUGUCUGGCCUCCAUUUGGCCGCUUUGUACGGCCUCUACCUCUGCUUCACGUCCGCUCACUGGCAGACAAUGGCUUUCGCUGUAUUCCUAUAUGUGAUCUCUGGUCUGGGGAUUACUGCGGGCGCGCAUCGCUUGUGGUCACACCGGGCUUACAAAGCCAAAUGGCCGAUGCGAGUCAUCCUUACCAUCUUCAACACCGUUGCUUUUCAAAAUUCAAUCUACGAGUGGAGUCGAGACCAUAGAGUGCACCACAAAUACAGUGAGACGGACGCCGACCCCCACAACGCGAACCGAGGCUUCUUCUUCGCGCACUGCGGUUGGCUGUUGUGUCGCAAACACCCCGAUGUCAUCGAAAAGGGACGAAACGUGAGCUGCGAAGACCUAUUGCAGGACCCGUUGGUUCGGUUCCAGAGGAAGUUCUAUUUGCCACUCGUUCUGGUCUUCUGUUUCGUUUUGCCCUCAAUUAUACCCAACAUCUUAUGGGGUGAGAGCUGUUUCAACGCGUACUUCGUGUGCGGUCUCUUGCGAUACUGUUGGACACUCAACAUGACUUGGCUCGUCAACAGCGCCGCUCACUUCUGGGGCCGCAAACCCUACGACAGGCACAUCAGCCCCGCGGAAAACAAGGUCACAAUUAUCGGUGCCAUCGGCGAAGGUUUCCACAACUAUCACCACACGUUUCCCUGGGAUUACGCGACAUCAGAGUUGGGCCGCGACUACAAUCUGACCACUUGUUUCAUCGACGUGUGCGCGAAGAUCGGGUGGGCGUACGACCGGAAGACUGUGUCCCCGAAUAUGAUUAGACAGCGAAAGGAAAGGACCGGUGAUGUGAAAGAGAAGGGGCCGUACGGGCCGUCAAUCGGGAAUUUACUUCUGGCCGGAAGUCAAGCCACUUUGUCCCACACGGACACCGUUGCCAUUGGGGCUCAAAAAGGAUUAAAUGAGUGCUCUCGACAGUUCUCGUACGAGCGCUGGUCGUGUCCUGAGAUGAUAUUCGCCGACGUCUUUCAAAAUAGUUUACCCGCGAAUCGAGAGAUUGCGUUCGUUCAGGCGAUCAUAAGCGCCGGUAUUGUGUAUACAGUGACCCGGAAUUGUAGUUUAGGACAAAUCGAUGACUGCAAAUGUGUUGUCCACAAGAAUAACCGCGAGAACACCGCGAAGAAUGGGUUCCUUUGGGGCGGUUGUAGUGAUAACACUGAGUUGGGAUCGCGAAUAGCGGUCACAUAUCUGGAUGAGCGUGAAAUGGGUCACGACUCCAAAGCCAUCGUCAGAUUGCAUAACCACGAGGUCGGCAGACAAGUAAGUCGCUAUUGCUCUCAACGGCGGACCAGAGGUGUGUCCAAAGAGGAGAAGAGAAGUUGUCGUAAACUAUGCACUCUUUGCGGACAUAAGAUUAAAAGGGAGAGACGACGGGUCAUAACGUCGUGUAAUUGUAAAUUCAAAUACUGUUGUGAAGUCGAGUGUCAGAGCUGUGCCAAAGAGCAGUUUUCUUUUGUCUGUAGUCGCGAUCAUUAA